AUGAACGGUUCCGACUGCCAUGUGAUGGACGACGACGCGGCGCCGAACGGUUCCAAGGCGGUGACCCUGCUGUUCCGCCUGUCCACGCUGGCGCUGGCGCUCACCUCGGCCGUCGUCAUGGCCACCGCCAGCGAGUGCACCAUCUACGGGCUCGACGGCGACGCGACCAGCGUCACCACCUUCAAGGACUACCAGCCCUUCGUAUACCUUGUAGGGUCCAACAUCGCAGCGACGAUCCUGGAGGUGGCCGCGAUCUACGUGCAGAUCGGCAAGGGCGACGACGGCGAGGAUGCGCCCAUGACUCCCCGGGUCGUCCUGGUUGUCGUCGACGUCGCUGUGCAGAUGCUGCUCUACUCGGCCACCGGCGCUGUGUUCGUGGCGGUGAUAGCCUACGGCCCGCAGAUCAGGGCCUGCGGCGGCGGCGGCCACUUCUGCGAUCAGGUGCACAGGUCCAAGACCAUCUCCUUGGCCGCUAGCGUCUCUGCUGUCGUUGCCGCCGUCGCCAAGGACGUGGUGCUGCCGUUCUCCGUGUGGCCCAAUCCGUCACCAUAG